AGAAAAUUCCAUUCAAGUAGACCCAACUCAACAAAAGACCCGUAUCAAGUGUUGGGGGUACCGAGAGAUGCCAGCCCGGCUGACAUUAAGAAAAAAUAUUAUGAGUUUGCUCGAAAGCACCACCCAGACACUAAUCCAGAUCCGAAAUCAAAAGAUCGUUUUGUAGAGAUACAAGCGGCUUGGGAUAUCCUUGGCGACGAGAAAAAACGCGCCACGUACGACCAAUACGGUGCUGCUUCUCAGCAGCAAGGGUUCGAUCCCAACGCGUUCGGUGGCCAGAAUCCAUUCGGGGCUGGUUUCAAUGGGUUCGACGAUUUUCUUAACCCAUUUGGUCGUGCGAGUGGUAGAUCUGCGCCCGAGAACAUUCUUGAAACACUAUUUGGUGGCCAGUUCGGUGGUGGAGGACGGCCUCGUGGUGAGGCUUCAAAGGGCGGAAACUUAGAGGCGAAGUUGACCGUGAGCUUUACCGAGGCAUGCAAGGGCACUACGAAAACGGUCAAUGUUACCCCAAUAGUGGAUUGUCAUACAUGCGACGGGUCUGGUUUGAAGAAGGGUGCUCAGAAAGCCCGGUGCGGGGUGUGUGGUGGGACGGGGACCCGAACUUUUGUCAUCUCCAGCGGUUUUCAAAUGGCUGCUACCUGUACAGCCUGUCAAGGCACAGGCCAGAUACUGCCAAAGGGCUCACAGUGCAACUCUUGCGAUGGAAUAGGGAAAGUGAAGGAGCGUAGGUCGGUCACAGUCCAGGUGCCACCAGGCGUGGAAGAUGGGGCCGCAAUUCGAGUGACGGGGUCUGGUGACAUGCCUCUCUCAGGCCGAGGUAGUCCGGGAGACCUUAUUGUUCGCGUGCAUGUGGUCCCCUCGAAGCAGUUCCGUAGACAAGGAAUGAAUCUAUUCCAUCAGACAAAAAUCCCGUUGCACGCUGCGUUGCUGGGGGGCCGUGUUCGCGUCCCAACACUUGAUGGCGAGGUUGAAUUACAGGUACCAGCAGGGACUCAGCCUGGCGAGGAAGCUAUUCUAAAAGGUCGUGGUGUUCCUCACUUACGCGAUGGAUACAAGGGAGAUCUCUAUGUUUCAUUUGCCGUACAAUUGCCUCGAUCAUUGACGUCCCGUCAAAGGGAGAUUCUGAAGCAGUUUGCUGAUGAACUGGAGGGGCGUACGUCAUCAACAUCAGGGUCAUCAUCUACACCAAGUUCCCCACCGACAACCGAAUCGACUUCAUCCCAUUCAAAUACGACGAAUUCUUCAGCCGAGUCACAGGAGACACAGCCAUUGGAGGACCAGCUUAACAACAGUGAGUCUCUUUGCCUGUUUGUUCGUCUUCAUGGACUCCGAUGCCCCCCUGCGUUUCGGACAGGUGGCGGAGGAGGUUGGCUGGGCUGGUUAGGACGGCUCAAGGAUGCCAUGACAAGGCCCCGUUGA